AGGAGGGAGCGAUCGGGAGGUGGGCUUGGCUUGGCGUGCACUCCGCACCUCGGGAACAUUAUUGCGCGUGGAACGUCUGCUUUUGGCAGACUAUUUCCCAGAAGAAAAGAUGUUUGGUUUUCACAAGCCAAAGAUGUACCAAAGUAUAGAGGGCUGCUGUAUUUUCAGAGCUAAAUCCUCCAGUUCUCGAUUCACUGACAGUAAACGCUAUGAAAAGGACUUGCAGAGCUGUUUUGGGUUACGUGAGACUCGUUCAGGAGACAUCUGUAAUGCCUGUGUCCUGCUUGUGAAAAGAUGGAAGAAAUUGCCAGCAGGAUCGAAAAAAAACAAAAAAACCACAAACUGGAAUCAUGUGGUAGAUGCAAGGGCAGGAGCCAGUCGAAAGACUUCCCUGAAACCAAAGAAAGUGAAAACUCUAUCCGGCAACAGGAUAAAAAGCAACCAGAUCAGUAAACUGCAGAAGGAAUGUAAACGUCACAAUUCUGAUGCUCACAGUACCACUUCAAGUACAUCUCCAGCUCAAUCUCCUUGUUAUAGUAACCAGUCAGAUGAUGGCUCAGAUACAGAGAUGGCUUCUGGCUCUAACAGAAGGCCAGUGUUUUCCUUUUUAGAUCUCACAUACUGGAAAAGACAGAAAAGAUGCUGUGGCAUUAUCUAUAAAGGCCGUUUUGGGGAAGUCCUCAUUGACACACAUCUAUUCAAGUCUUGCUGCAGCAAUAAGAAAGCAGCUGCUGAGAAGCCAGAGGAGCAGGGGCCAGAGCCUCUGCCCAUAUCCACUCAGGAGUGGUGACUGAGGAUUAUGUAGCAGGGGAACAAAAAAUGAUUUAAAUUUUGGAAAACACCAACAAAAUGACCCUCCUAUUUUUAACUUGGAUACCUGUUAUUCUGCCAAAAGAUGAUUUCUAGAAUAGUUUUGAGUGGGUUAUUUUCCCUCCAGUUCCACAAAGUCUGAAGCCAGUAUCUAGCUUACUAAAAGAAAAAAAAGAAGUGUACAUAAUAUUUAAGAUGCUGAGUAUUUCAUAGGAAAGC